ACUCCAAAGUCCCAAACUCAAAACCCUCACACUCUAAAACCUCAGCUCCCCAAGCAUUUUCAGCUUCCUUUCAUGUACAAUAUGUCGCCCUUAUCAAGAGGCCUCAUUAACCGCCUCCAACAUCUGCUCACUACCAAUCCCAGAACCCCAUCAGCCCCGUUCAUCUUGGUUAGAAGUUUCAGCACAGAGUCUUUGAUUGAUGGGUCGGAGAUCCAAGUACCACAGUCGAGAAUUAUGGAAGCAAAAUCGGGAGUGAUGACUCCCAACUCAAAACGAACUGGUGUAAUUGCAGUCAAGUGUGGAAUGUCAGCUCUUUGGGAUAAAUGGGGUGCUAGGAUUCCCACUACUGUGCUUUGGGUCGAUGAUAAUAUCGUCUCUCAAGUUAAAACCGUUGAAAAAGAAGGCUUCUUUGCCUUACAGAUUGGCUGCGGGCAGAAGAAGGAGAAACAUUUGACGAAACCUGAAGUGGGUCAUUUUAGGGCUCAAGGUGUUGAACUCAAGAGGAAAUUGAAGGAGUUUCCUGUGACAGAGGAUGCACUUCUCCCUGUUGGUACAUCUAUUGGUGUUCGCCAUUUUGUUCCUGGCCAGUAUGUUGAUAUCACGGGAAUAACAAAAGGGAAAGGUUUUCAGGGUGGAAUGAAAAGAUGGGGAUUUAAAGGUAUGCCGGCAUCUCAUGGUGCAUCAUUGUCACAUCGUAGUAUUGGUUCUACGGGUCAGAGAGAUACUCCUGGCAAGGUUUUUAAAGGUAAAAAGAUGCCUGGACGCAUGGGUGGACAGCAGCGAACAUUAAAAAAUGCAUGGCUCUACAAAAUUGAUCCAGCAAGGAAUUUGAUGUGGGUGAAAGGCCAGGUUCCAGGUGCUCAAGGGAACUUUGUGUUUAUAAAAGAUUCUAUUUACAGGAAACCUGAUAUUUCACUACUUCCAUUCCCUACUUACUUAGCCCCAGAAGAUGAGGACACAACGACAUUAGAACCUUUGAUUGCUGAUCUUGGGGAAGAAGAUCCGUUUAUGAUGGCAGAUUGAUAGUCGAUUGGGUUAAAAAUUCUUUCAGAAUCUGAUUUCUCGUUUUAUCGGUUUAAGUACCCUGCCGUCACUUUUUUGGUAAAAUACAGAGAGCUUGGUGGGUUGGUGUUCAAAGAACCAGCCGAGGCUGUCAGUUUGAUUCCUAUAUUUUUACUGUAGGAUUUUAGCUGGAAAAACAUGUAAUCUUUAUAACGGAUUUAACUUGGCUUUAGAAUUUUGAUAGUGAUUGACCAAGCCUUUGAAUUAUGUUGUUGAAAUAAGAAUAUGGGAAACCUGCAAAUUGGUUGCAUUUAGUUUUA